GACGGAUCUCGUUAUUUUUAUUUAUUAUUUCAGCCAGUUGCGAAGAAAUGCGCUCAUUAAUUUUGUUUGUUAUUGCUUAACCCAACCGGGAUAAUUAUUUAACUGCGUCGGUCUGCAGAGGAAGUUAUUUAUCAGUAGUUUACGUUUUUAUGAUUUGCAUAAUAUUACAGGAAAAAACUAUUUCUGUGCAUGCAGCGCACUUUCGAAUUCCCUUCGCGCACGUUACAGUAAAUACAUACAGUAUCGUUGUCGGCUGGUCGUAGCGAGUUGCCUGACGCAAAUGGUCGCUGCGUGUCAGACUAUAUGUUGCCGUGGUGUGCGGAUGUUUUCAUCAUGACUCACAGGAUCCGGAAGCACAGCGCCAGGUUUUCUAUAACAGCACUGGAUGCAAGCCGCUUUAAAUGAUCGUAAAAAAGGAAAAGCGAUCUUUUGUGUUGAGUGACUUGUGCGAGUUGUGCUCGGUCACGCAGCGAGGAACUGAAUUAUUGGUACAGUGCUCUCCCGCUUAAUGCAGAUCCGUGAUCGAAUGAGUUUUGGCCGUGUGUGUUUAUUUGUUAAUGGUGUACUUUUUUGAAAUUGUGGGAUCAUAAAUAUUUGCAUACUUUUGCUCGUUACAACUUACCACAAGUUACCGUGUUGUGUCCGUGCGUACCACGAAUAGUACUGCUGCAUUUAUUGUGAUAUCUUCGUUCGUGGCUGCCGCAUUUUUACUGGCGUACACGAAACCAGUUUUUUGCCGGUUGACUUUGGUUUCGAGUGGCUUCGAGAUUCUGCUCAUGUCAUCACUUUCCCCAAAAAGACCUUGUGUGAUUGUUUAAAUUUACACACACACAAUACUCCUGACCCAUUGAUGAAUUAAUCGCCAAAUCAAAGUUGCCGAUUAAGCAAUGUCCAGUCAGACUGCACCACAAAGCAACAAUGCGUCAGCGGUUAAUCCAGGGUCAGUGGAUUCCGUGUGCGGCUGGACGCCACUGCAGCAGUCCAACAAUACUGAUGCGGCAGACCUUUUUAUACAGGUGGAUUUGGUCUUGUUUCCAUUCUUUUUGGGUUUGUCCACCUUUGGCAACAUACUGAACCUGAUUGUUUUGCUGCGGGAGAAGUCCUUCGGAGGAAAAAACGCGUAUCUAGUUUCCAUUGCGAUUAUUGACACCAUUUAUAUGUGGUGUGCGCUGUGGUCUUACACGAUCAACUACGACCAAGUCCUUCACGAUGGCGCCCUCCGCCCGUCGCUGAAGGCGGCAUUUGAUCGCGUAGCCGGACUUGUAAUGUUCCUGCAAGAAACCGCGGUGUUUUCCUCCUCAUGGCUCAUAAUAGCUUUCAGUAUGGAAAGGUUACUAGCCAUCCGGUUUCCUUUGCGUUACUUAACCGGAAGUAACUUGAAACGCACAGCUAUCAUUAUCGCCACAAUCAUAGCAGUGGCGGUUUUGUUAACCUGUUUCCGCUUGGUGGACUAUUACUGGUUCUAUGACAACUUCCUUCGUUUACGCCCCAGACCCAAAAUAAGACCACCGCGACCUUAUGGGCUUAUGAUUUGGAGCAAAGCAUAUACUUGGGGACAGGUUUUCAUUCAAGUGUUCACAUUCCUGGCCAUUCUGAUCGUGAACACUGUUUUAUUACUGACAAUUUUCCAACAACGGAAGCGUCGCGAAAAGAAGCUGCAGGCUGUGUCCUCAAAGGAAAAGGCAUAUGCCGAAUGGUAUGCACUGCCGAUGCUGGCCGCGUGCGUGAUACUAUACUUGGCGACGCAGUUCCCGGGAUUUAUCGACAAUUUGACGUAUUUGUUGGAAAAGACCUGCACUUUUCAGCGGAACCCCAACAUGCAGGCUGUUAUGCGACCUUUACAGAACAUCGCCAUGAACAUUAAUUUCUCAGUCAAUUUUCUUUUAUACUGCGGAGUUAGUGCGAAAUUUCGUGACACCGUCAAAAAGAUGAUGGUGGUGGACUUUUUUCGGAGCGUCAAACGCCGCUUAUCGGAGGAUUCCAACAAAUCAAUUACUACUGUGAUACGAAACCGCACCAAAGCAUCGCCUGUCAGCUUAUAACUCUGUACAGAACUUUUUUUAUAUCUAUAGUAUUCACCUGGUUGGAUUUAGUAUUGCCACCUGUAGCUGCGCUGUGCCGCUAAUGUAAACCUCACAACUCAGUAGGAAGGGGAUGAUACUAUUAGUAUAUUGUACAUACAGAUACGCCGAUAUAAACAAAAUCAUAGACUUUCCGUUAGUUUUACUUUUGGAAACCACGUGCACACCUGCCCUAAGAACACUAGAUACUUCAUACUCGUACUGUAGAUUGUCUGAGUACAGCCUACACUCACCGUCAGCUGGUGGACUGUGGUUUUGUAACACUUGUAAUUUGUUGGACAAAGACACAGGCUUUUCAGUUUAAUUACACUGUAGUUACAUUAUUUUUGUUCGUAAAGUUUUGUUCGAGUGACUUUACAGUUUAUGACUGACCUCAAUAAAAAAAUUAGUGAUAGACUGUUCGAAGUGAGUGUGAAUAAAACUUCAUCGUGUUGAUCAAAUUAUACAACUUGCAACGUGGCAUCUUUCGUGCGAUCAGCGUACAGCUGCAGUUAACAAGCUUAAAGCUUCUCGUUCUUUGCUGUUUCUGCUCAUAAAGGUCGUUUAAAACAACUUCGCCUAUUAUUUUGCAGAUUAAAAAAAUCUUCCGCGCGUGAAAGUGAUGCCUUUUAUUUC